AUGUCCAAAGCUGGAAGCGGAGGGACUACAAUGGCCAUGCAGGUGUUGUGGGAUUUAAGGAAAACCUUCCGCUGUGCCGUCCUUACAGACUCGAGCCCAGACACCACAAAAGUUGCACAGGAAGUGGUCGACCUUUUUAUAGCAGGCAGUAAAGGUCACCAGAACACCGUACUGCUGUUACUAAAUGAUGAACAGAUCCUUGACAAGCUCCAAGAGAACAUUAUGAUGACUAUAAAGGAACGAAAGAUAAACAAAACAGAGGAGGAUAUGCCUGUGGCAAUUUUACUAAGUUGUGUGAGAAAGGAUGUCUUGCUACAAAGUGAAAAUGUUUUCCUAAGAAGAGAUCUGUCAGAGAACGAGCAGCAAAGAUUCACUGAAAAAAAGAAUGAGAUCACUGCAAACUAUGGCAACAAAAGACUCCAUGGCUUUUACAUAAUGCAAACUAAUUUCUCACAAAACUACAUCAACAAAGCCUGCCAGGAAUUUAGAUCACGUUUAAACUCACAGCUGCCCCCGCAGGCCCGGCUUGUACAGCUGCCCCCGCAGGCCCGGCUUAUUGCCUUUCUGUCCUUACUGAAUGCUUAUGUGUCGGGUUCCUAUCUGCUGGAGUCUCAGUGUCUUGACUUUCUCCAACAUGAAAACAACACACAUGAGAACAUAUCGAUGGAAAAAGAAAUGCAUCCCUAUAGUGACCUCAUUGUCACCUUCCAUCAAGAUGAAAGAACAGAGAGAAAGGUCCGCAUGGCUCACUCACUGUUAGCAAAAUGCUGUAUUAGUCUCUUAGCUGAAAGGGGAGUGACAAGAAGCCACAUAGCAAAAGAAUUCCUGAAUACGUUUCCCAGGCACAAGGAGCAUGAAGAGUUCCCACCAUGUUUGCUUGGAUUUAUCAAAGACCUGCUAACCAAAAGAGAACCUAAAACAAAAAAAACCCCAUAUGGUUCAGAGGUUGAGCAGGACAAAGAAAGAUUUUCUAAACUAAUUUUGGAUAUCCAAGAGAACGAGGACGAUGAUCAGAGUGCAUCGCUUUUAGAGGUGGCAUCAGAAAUAUUUCCUCGCAAUCCCUUUUUCCCACAAGCUCUUGCUCGGUUCUACUACAUAGAACUAAAAUCAUAUGUUCCGGCAGAACACUGGGCAAAUAAAGCAAAGAGCAGAGAUCCCCAAAAUUCCUUUAUUGCUGAUACUUUGGGUCAGGUCCACAAGAACCACCUCAAGAACAGCGGGGAAGGUUUCAACCCAAGCAAACUCUUGGAGGUGGCCAAAAAGGCUACUGAAGCUUUCAAAGAUGAAGAGCGACUUGCCAGAAUAGAACAUCAGACAUGUGACAAUAGGGUACCCUCACGUAUGUUCAAUUGCAGAGGGCAGUUUGGGUUUCUACAGUUCUGCAAUCUUCUCUAUAACUUGCUUGUAAAGAAAAACAAAAUCUGGGAAGCAGUUCUUACACAGAAUGUGAGCUUGGACUCUGUCCUGAACCAACUCGGAGACGACACAUAUCAAAGUUUCAAUGAUCUUGUUAACCGCCUUAAAGGAGAAGUUGAGAAAAAGGCAGAGUUUUUUGUUGAAUAUCUGACAUAUUCAAAGCCUAGCAUGGAGAAAGAUGACCCUGGAUACCUUUCAAAAGAUACCUCUGAAUGUCAAAGGAAGUACAUUGGGGACUCUCCACCUUUACCAGUCGAACCAAACGUUGAUCAGUAUAUGCAUAAGCUUCAGGAUAACCUUGCAGCAACAUCUGCGGGAGUACUUGCAUGUAUGGACAGAGAGUACACUGGGAAUCAGCUCAAGCAUAUAACCACAUGGUGGGAAAAAAUAUGCUCAUCGACAAAGUCCGAUUCAGAUGUGGCCAACUUCAUCCUGGCUUAUGUUUUGUCCAAGAAUUUGGAUCAAACCUUUUCCUCUUCUCCUGAAGAUUUAAUUCAAGGACUCAAACAGAGAAGAAGUCUGGAUCACAAAGCUCCUCCUGAGCAGCACCUGCUAGCCUUACUCUUGUGCUGGCCCACAGACAACGAAGACAAUGGCCUCUUUGACCUGAGCCAACUAAUUCAGGAAAUGCGCAGCUCCUAUGAAAAUGUAUAUCUAAACUUCUUUAGAUCAAGGUACCUUCUCCCUCUGUUUUUUAUUGGAAAAGGACAAGAUCUGGACAGGCUUGUUCACAGAAAGGUUCUUGAGAAAUUCUAUGAAAAUCAAUUUGAUGCGGAUUGCAUCAACUGGAAGAAAGAGAAUAUAUUCAAAAAUCACGAGGUCAAAGAAUGUCUGCUCAAGUUUGAAGGGAAGGUAAAGGACUACACAUUGUUUCUUACUAUUGGUAGUAAGCAGAUUGAAAUAGAAGCCAAUCUUCAAAGAAGUCUCUGGAAAGAACGGCAAGUUUCCUUUUUCCUUGGAUUCACCAUCAGAGGUCCUGUGGCCUUCAACGUCCAGACUAAAACAACAGACAGAGAGCUUAGCAAGUUGGAAAGUCCAAAAGAAGCCUGAAGGCCCAAUGCCACCCAGAGACCAUGCUGUUUCUUUCUC